GCAUUUAUGACAAACUUAGCAAGAUAAGACGUCUUCAGAACUUAUUCAAGCCUGGAGGUCUCCCUGUCUAUCUACUUGGGAAAAGAGAUAUUUCAAUGUACAGGGGUGUGAUGGUUGGAACAGUUGCUGGGUUGGGUAUAACCUUUGGCACAAUCUUCUUGAUGGCUACAAAUAAUCUAUCAAAGAAGAGUAACAAUUAAUUAGUUCUAUAAGAUACAUGGAUUUGACGAUUGUAAUUGUUGCUAUGUAAACAAAGUUAAGGACAAAUUUAGAUGAAAAAGUGUGCUAAACCAGGAUUUUCACUGUAAUAAAAUGUUUUUAUGACCACAUUUUUUUGACAACUCUUUUAUCAAAAAGACAAAUUUGUUAAGAGUUAUCAUCACCAGCUGACAUAAUGCAUAAUUGUGAAAUUAUUUUAUGAAUUGACCUUUUAUGGCUUGCUAAAAACUACAGUAAAAUUUCAUAAUUACGAGCUUGGUCAGGGAAUGGGCUUCUGGGAWACCGGCUAUUGUCACUCACUACCGGAAGUGAAUUCCGUACAAAAUUACUUCCGGUGUUACUAGGAAUAAUAAUCACCUGUGUCAGCGACUUUAAAGGAAAUCUAAAUCUAACAGAGUAAUUCGACUAUGAGCGAGCAACAGAAUCAAAAGCUGACAAGGAUAUUUAUUUGUGGAGCCCACAGCGUUGGUAAAUCAACUUUGGCUGAGGCGAUCGCUAAAGAAACAGGAUUUCUUAUUGUCUCUGAAAUCGCACGAACAAUCAUAAAAGAUUUAGGGUGGAARCGAGACGACUAUGAUCCGCGAUCAAAUCCCGAAGGUUUUAAAAAUCUUCAGAAGUUGAUAAUAGAAUCACAAGCGAAGGUGGAACGUAUUCACGACGAGCAAGGUGAUAAUUACAUUUGUGAUCGUGCGAUCGAUCCUGUUGUUUAUGCACGAAUAUACUUAGAGGAAAAAGAUGCCGACGAACUUUUGAAACWAGAAUCGACAAAACAAAAUAUCAAAAGGUACCGAUCUUCGUUGGUGUUUGUUAUUAAACCUUUCCCAGAAUGCAUGAGGGAUGACAACGUUCGUUUAACUCCAACAAUGGAUGAAUUGAAUUUAUUCACCUCCACCAUGGAAACCCUUUUACAAGAUGUUCAAAUACCGUAUAUUGCUAUAAAUACCUUGGAUAUGGACGAAAGAGUUCGAAUUGUGAAAGAAGAACUCAGGAAACAAGCACUAUUAUAGCAAAUGAAACCAUCAAAAUUCAAAACGUAAAAACCAGUAUUAUCAAAACGUGACAUUCAGACAUCUGGAAGGAAAUAGAGGAUAUUACAUGGGCGCGCGG